GCACAGUGACCACUGAGCAUGCAUGCAGGCUCCAUGUCUACUCUAGGCUAUCCUGGAGUCUGCAGUACCACAUCAUACAGAACUCACUGCUAUAUCCCAGUGACUCCUUCUAUGGCUCUUAGCUCCAAUGCUGUAAGCCCUACCUUUGGACACUGCUUACCUAGUAGCUACCAAGGAAAUCUCUGGCUCCUGGAUUACUGCCAAGAAUCCUACUGUGAAGCACCAAGCUGCGACCAUCCCAUCUGUGAGCCCAAGACCUGCAGCACCGCUGGUUGUGACCCAUCAGACUCCUCCGUGCCCUGCAACGCCCCAUCAUCAGGCCAAGUCUUCAGUGUCUGUGAAACCACCAACAUCAGCCACAGCCCCAGCUGCAGCCCAUGCACGCAGACCAAGGGGUAUGUAUGCGAUUGCCACACACCCACUCCAUGUGCAUCCAAAGCCUGCCAAACCCUAUGCAAUGGUUCCAACUGCUUUGGACAACUUAACUGCUCAUCCAAGAGUCUCCAAACUCUAAGCUGCUGCAGACUGAGUACUCUGGGGUAUAAAAGCUACCCAAAUCCUUGCUUCAUACCUAGCUACUCCUCACCAUUAUGGUAUAUUUCCAACAUCAGCCAACCCCAAAGCUAUUUAACGGAAAAUUAUCACUAUUCAAGCUACAGGCCUAUGAGCUGCCGACCGCUGAGCUAUUUAUCUAGAAGCUUCAGGUCUUUGAGCUGUAUACCCAGUACCUUUCCACCUCUGAGGUACUUAUGCAGUGGUAGCAGACCUCUGAAAUGCUAUUGACCAACUUACAGAAUUUAUAACAAGUGGAAGUUGCCCAGUGAAGAAGAUUCUACUAAGUAGUAGAAUGUCUAAUUUUCUGCUGAAUUGCUUUAUUCAUCCUAGGAAUCUUGUUACAUUAAGUUCAAAUAUAAUCCCCAGGCUUAUUACCCACAGUCAGUAUUACCUGCUAGCUUUUUUUUUUUUUUUUUUCUGUUUGUUCUGUUAUUGCUCUUUGUACUAAAAGCUGAUCCUGAAGGUAACAUCAUUAUUUCUGAGAUCUAUUACAAUGGACUUACCAAAGAGAUUCCAUUUGAAAUACAAGCAUCACCAGCUUUCUUACUUUGGCUGUCACUGUCACUUGUCUGACAAUGUGAUUUUCACCUACCUUUCCUGAUGAAAUGGGGCCUCCAUGGUUUGACUGCGGAUUCCAGCAUGCAAGGUCGUUCAGAUGGUUUUGUUUUCAUUAAUAUUUUUGUCAAUUACCUAACCAGCACCUUACUAAUAAGGUGAGUGAUAACAUUAUCUUGAGCAUAGUAUGUUGAACUAUUUCAUCCUUUCCCUACUGACUCAUUAUAAGAACAGGCAAAUAACAACGGCAACUAGAGCUCAUAAAUAGAAGACUUCGGCAAAUCGUCUCUUCCAAAGAAGCCAUAAAACAGGAUUCAUUGGUACUCAGCUUUUGUUCUCCAUGCCUGAGAAGAAGCCUCAGAAUUAGCUAAAGCACGAACAUUAUUUGUUGAAAGAACAAAUACUGUUAGAGACUCUUUACGAUUAUUGUUAAUCUAUGUUCAGAAUUCUCCUAUCAUCCUGCCUUGCCAAUCUAUUGCAUUCUGACUUUGGAAAAUAUCCUAGCUCCUAGUCAAUAAACAAAUUUCUGUCUGGAA